GUUUUGUACAUAAUAAAUAUUUUAAAAGUUUGAUGACUAUGAGAUUCUUUUAGUAAUAGUUGUCUGUAGAUGUCGCUUAUACAACUCUGACUCUCUGUAAUGUAUCUACUGAUUUACCUGCUAAGUAGAACAACGACUCGUACAUCGUACUCGACUCCAUACACACAUAGUAUUAUUAUGUGCGUCUGCCUGCUUAUGAUCGAUUGAGUCAAUGCGACUCAGUAGCAUUGUCAAGUUCUCAAGAUGGACUCAAUAACAUGGUCAUGUUCAUGUUGUCUACGAUUUAAAUUUAGUCCUGAAGAGAUUGAACAACGUUAUAAAAGUCAAGAAAUUGAUCGUAUGAUCGAAAAGGAUAAACAAACAUUUCGUCGUCAAGUGAAAUUAUUAUUGUUGGGUGCUGGUGAAAGUGGUAAAUCAACAUUUUUAAAACAAAUGCGAAUUAUACAUGGUGUUAAAUUUGAAAGUGAUUUAGUGAAAGAAUAUCAACAUGUUAUUUAUCAAAAUAUUGUUAAAGGGAUGAAAGUGUUAGUGGAUGCUAGGGAUAAAUUGGGUAUACCAUGGGAGCAUACGAAAAAUGUUGAUAUUGGUUUAAAUCUAUUACAAUUUCAAAACAAUGUUGUGUUAGAUGCAAGACUUUUUUUAAAAUUUGUACCACAAUUAACUAGUUUAUGGAGUGAUUCAGGUAUUAAAAGGGCGUAUGAAAGGCGAAGAGAAUUUCAAUUGAGUGAUUCUGUAGAAUAUUUUUUAAAUAAUUUGGAUCGAAUUGGUCGAUUGGAUUAUACGCCAACAAAUCAAGAUAUAUUACAUUGUAGAAAAUCAACAAAAGGUAUUACCGAAUUUGUGAUACCAAUUAAUAAAAUACCUUUUCUAUUUGUGGACGUGGGUGGGCAACGAUCACAACGACAAAAAUGGUAUCAAUGUUUUGAUUGUGUUACGUCAAUAUUAUUUUUAGUAUCAUCAUCGGAAUUUGAUCAGGUGCUCCUAGAAGAUAGAAAAACGAAUCGCUUAGAAGAAUCCAAAAAUAUAUUCGAUACCAUUGUAAAUAAUCGUGUAUUUGGUAAAAUGUCAAUAAUAUUAUUUUUAAAUAAAUUCGAUUUAUUAUCGCAAAAAGUACGAAAUCCAGAAACGGAUAUACGUUGGUAUUUUCCACAAUUCACUGGCAACUCACAUUCAAUACAAGAUGUACAAGCAUUUAUUUUAGCAAUGUUCACUGGCGUACGAAGAGAUCCAAAAAAAUCAAUAUAUUAUCAUUUUACAACAGCUGUUGAUACCGAAAAUAUUAAAGUUGUUUUUAAUUCUGUGAAAGAUACAAUUUUACAUAGAAAUUUAGAAACAUUAAUGUUAGAAUAAUAUUUUUAUUUAUUUUCUAUUUUUUUAGAGUUGUUUUUAGUGUUUUAUUUUUUUAAUUUUAUCAUAGACAAAAUAAGUCUAGUGCCAGGCGAAGUAUUUGAUAGCCAUUUCUAGAAGGCUGGAAAUUUUUUUAGAAAGGCUGUUGUCAAAUUCAUGUCUAACAAAUUUUUCUUUUACGAAAAUAUUUUCAAUAAGCUUGGGAAAUAUUUAACUAUUUGAUAAGCUUAUUAAAAUAAUAAGAAAAUUGAAUAAAAAUGAAAAAAGUGUUUGUAGCCUAGAGUUGCCACCUCGCAGUUCAGGGAAGUCGGGAGAUAAAUCAGAAAAACGGAGGAUUGUAAAAGUCAUAAGAAACAGAAAAAUCCUUUAAAAUAUCUUUAUUUACUGAACUCUGGAGAAUUAUUGUUAAUAUCGGAAGUUGAGAGAAACUGCUGGUUUUCUGAAGUCUCCCGAUCAAAUCUAAGAGGUGGAAACUCUAAUUCUGGCCAUCGACUACAUUUUAAAAAUUGUGUCGGACAACGAGCAUAUUAUCGUUCUUUCGAGUGACAAAAAAAAAUUGUUUUUGAGUUUUUAAUUUUUUUUUUUUUAAUUUGAAUAUUCUCUUAAAUGAAUAUUUAGACUGAAAGAGUCCCCUAUGAAAACUUUCAAGGAGUAAAAAUUUGGUAGGCACAUCCUUGACAACAGCCACUCAAGUUUUCUACCGUUCUGAAUUGAAUGUCAAAUUCUAUGCAUGACGCAAGAUCUGAAAUAUUAUUCUUAGAUAGAAUAAAGUGUUGGCAAAUUUGUCCAUAUUCUUUUGUUAUAUAAUCCAAAAAUAUUAUGUACAUUAUUGUUUUUAGAUCGUUAGUUAAAUCAUCGACUGAUGUUUCAUCUUUUUAUAUUUUAACAAAUUAUUCCAGCAAAUACACAAGAUGGGACCCUCAAAAUAAUUUUAAAAAAUAAAGUUUUUAUAAAAAAAAGUUGGAUUAAAAACAUUUUACUGAGUAAUAUCCACAAAGUCAAGAAAUUGAACUCUUGCUCUUUUAGCUCUUAAGUUAUACAGGGAUACUUUAAAUUGGAGAAUUAUUCCUCAAAGAAAACUCAAAAUUCAAAUUCUGUUAGAUCUUGAAGAAUCUUUAAAUUGCAAAGAUUGAUCUAUAUAUAACCACAAACAUGUGUUGUAGAUAUAAUUUCUAAUUCAAUUCAUGCUCAAUCUCUUCGAAAUAAAGAUUUGAAACUUAAGUUAUUGAGUUUUUUUAUGAGGACCAAAUAGUACAAUUGUUUUAUCUUACAAUUUUUAAAGAUAACUAUUUAUUAAAAUCAUUAUUUUUCGAAUUAUUCGGGGGGUAUGAUUUUAUUUUACACCCAGAAUAUCAAAACAAGUAAGGACAUUCUGUUGUUUUUGAAAUCAAGUUUAGUGGAUUCAACCAAAUUACGAGAUGGGCUCUACUUGAUAUUUAACGAUAAAACUGUAGCCGGGACUCAAUCAUGCGCAUAAAUAACUUGUCUAGUAAAAAAAGCUGAAUGUCCUUACUAGUUUUUGAUUCUACUGAUUAUAAAAAAAAAAGCUAAGAAAUUGAACUUGUUGAGAAGAUAAGAACCACAUCCACGCGCUAAAUAGUUAACCAAUAGAAAAAUGUGAUUAGAGAAGAGUUAUAGCCAAUAAUAAAACAGUAUUUCUUAUUGGUUAAUCGUUGAGCACGUUGAAACUGCGUUGUAUCCGCUCCGCUAUGCAAAUUCGUUGAUUCAAUCAUUGAGUUUAUCGUUUAAUUGUUUUUCGGUAAACAUCAUUUUUUAAAAACAUGUAUUAAUUAAUUGAAACAGAAUUUUAAUAAGAUGUUAAUUUAAUUUAAACUGUUCUUUUUACUAAAAAAUGUCCUUUUGAUAUUGUCCAAAAAUUUGAAUAAAAACAAUCAUCGUAAAAUAAAUUUGUAAAUAUUGUAAA